UCUAAUUUUUAGUAGGUUUUUAUUGCAGUCAUGGCUUUCACAUUCCAGUUUUUUCUUAUGGGCUCGUCUCUCGUCUUGUUGUGUUUCUCUUUGUGGUUCAGCUCUUGGAACACUAGAAUUGACGGGCCGACGAUGACGAUGUUCGAGGAUUGGAUGUCCGAACACGGCCGAGCGUAUGCGAAUGCGAAGGAGAAGCAGCAACGGUACGAGAUCUUUAAGAACAACGUGAAGUAUAUUGAAGGAUUCAACAAAGUCGGCGGGCGCUCGUACACCCUCGGAGUUAACCAGUUUAGCGAUCUGACCAACGAGGAGUUUGUGAAAACGUACGCUGCUGGAAUUGCGGAGCAGGAUAUCCCAACAGAUAAAGAAGUCUGCCUAGUGGACUUUGAGUAUGAAAACAUGAGCUUGAGGGCCACUGUUGAUUGGAGGACCCGAGGUGCUGUAACUAAAGUCAAGAAACAAGGAGACUGCAAUUCUUGUUGGGCAUUCUCUGUGGUAGCAACAGUUGAGAGCAUCUACAAGAUCAAGAAAGGCGAACUAAAAUCUCUAUCAGAACAGCAAGUUCUCGAUUGUUCUGACGGCGGCGACUGCUCGGGCGGUAGCAGAUUAAAAGCUUUCCGUUAUAUCGUCGCAAAUAAAGGCUUGACGACCGAGGCUAACUACCCUUACAAGGCAUCUAAAGGGGUGUGUGACAAAACCAAGGAAUCCGAUCAUGCAGCUUACAUUACUGGCUGCAGGUUGGUUACGAGAAACAACGAAGAUAAGCUUAUGAAAGCAGUGAAUGACCAACCGGUAGCGGUCGCAGUUAACGCCGGACCUUGGCAACAUUACACAGGUGGUAUUUUUGAUAAAGAUUGUCCGCCCGAUGUCGAUCACUGUGUCGCCGUAGUUGGCUACGGCGAGGAAUCGGGGAAGAAGUAUUGGAUACUGAAGAACUCGUACGGCCCCGAAUGGGGUGAAAGUGGAUACAUUCGAAUAGCAAAAGAUGUGGCUGCAAAAGAAGAAUUAUGUGGUAUUGCCAAGGCUCCUCUCUACCCGUAUAUUUGAUCCGUUCUGUUUGUCGUUUCAGUUGUACUAAUGUGAGUUUCAAUAGUUACUUUUCUUUGAAGCCAGGGAUCGGAAUAGGAUAUCAGUAUCAUAUAAUAAAGUAUCCUGCUUUAUAUUAAAUCUGUGGUUUGUUCGUUAAUAUAG